AUGCUUGCGGCCCUGUUUUUGGGGGGUAGUAGGAGGGAGUAUCCUGUAGCCGCUCUGACAAAGAGCUCGCUGGGUGGCCAGUCAGCCACAGAUACCUGUCUUGGGAACUCUAAUUUGGUCCAGUACUUCAUCAUUCAAAUGGAGCUCUGCGCUUGUAAGACACUUAGAACAGUUCUUGAUGAGUCUACUGUGAGUAUUAAUCAAGAUCGGGCCUGGAAUUACUUCCGUGAAAUGACUGACGGCUUGGCAUACAUACACUCCAAAGGCGUUAUCCAUCGUGACCUUAAACCUGCCAAUAUUCUUCUGGAUGCAAACGAUCACGUGAAAAUUGGCGAUUUUGGUCUGGCUACUCGAAUGUCUGCGAAAGCUUCUUGUGCUUGGAAGGAGUAUUCAGCAUUCAAAGUAAUUCGUCAUUUUUAUGCUAAUCUUAUUAGGCAAAUUAACACCUUUUGGAUGCACUGGCCAAUGAAAAUGCAUUUUUUUGUAAUAAGAUAA